AAACACUCAAUGCCUCCCGUCCUCUCCUCCUCUCCUCCUCCCUUCGUGUCGUGCUUUUACGCCCUCCUUUUCCUCCAAACACACGAACCGCAAGUAACACCGGCAGCUUUAACUAUUGUCACACUGUCACCGGAGGAGGCACGUCACAUGAAGCCAUAAUAAUCCGGAAUAACGGGACAAAACAGCGAGAUCUGCCAGGGGACGGUGAAUCGACAGAAAUCCCAAAUACAAAAACACUCUGCAAAGACGUGUACUCUUGACGCCUUAAACACUGAAGAAGUUCAGGGAGCCAGAUAAAUGGCUGACAAACAGAUCAGUUUGCCUGCCAAGCUAAUAAACGGCGGUGUGGCGGGACUGAUCGGCGUUACCUGCGUGUUUCCCAUCGAUCUGGCCAAAACCCGCCUUCAGAACCAGCAGAAUGGAUCGCGCCUCUAUACCAGCAUGUCAGACUGCCUUAUUAAGACCAUCCGCUCAGAAGGAUACUUCGGCAUGUACAGAGGUGCGGCGGUGAACCUGACUCUCGUCACUCCUGAAAAAGCCAUCAAGCUGGCGGCAAAUGAUUUCUUCAGAUUUCACCUCUCUAAGGACGGGCAGAAACUCACUCUACUGCGAGAGAUGCUGGCCGGCUGCGGGGCGGGAACAUGUCAGGUCAUCAUUACAACACCAAUGGAGAUGCUGAAGAUUCAGCUGCAAGAUGCCGGAAGAAUUGCGGCCCAGAGGAAGCUCAUGCCUCAGGCUGUGACCCCCGUGGAGGUGAAGUCCCAAACAGCUAUGCAACUCACCAGACAAUUACUAAAGGAAAAGGGCAUCGCGGGUCUUUACAAGGGCCUGGGAGCCACGCUGCUCAGGGAUGUCCCGUUUUCUAUCAUUUACUUCCCUCUGUUUGCUAAUCUGAAUGAUCUGGGGAAGAGAGGAGUCGAGGGUCCCGCUCCCUUCUACGUCUCCUUCUUAUCGGGCUGCAUUGCGGGCAGCACAGCGGCCGUCGCCGUCAACCCUGUAGAUGUGAUAAAGACCAGGCUACAGUCGCUGACACGAGGGAGUCAAGAGGACACUUACAGCGGGGUGACCGACUGCAUCAGGAAGAUUCUUCGCAACGAAGGUCCCGCCGCUUUCCUGAAGGGGGCGUACUGUCGAGCUCUCGUCAUCGCGCCGCUCUUCGGCAUCGCUCAGGUGGUUUACUUCCUCGGCGUGGGCGAACUCAUCUUGAGCUACCUGCCCAAACGAAACAACUAGCCACCCAUCCCAUCAUGCAUUGCACCAGUCGGUUCCCCGCCCCCGCACAUUAUCCCGAAAGAUCAAAGCGUAACGUGGGGCCAGUCUGACUGAUUUUAAUCGUUUGUUGUUGUGCCGUUUUUGUUCAAAGCGCCGUGUGUUUUGAUCUGAAUGUGGUGCUUUUAGUAAUGAGCGUAACGUGAGAUUAUGUUUGCCAAGCUGCCUGUUUUUUAGUUUUUUGUCUCACGCCGAGACUAAAUCAUGUUCUUUUACGAGCGUUUAAUCGUUGAGCCAUCGUCCGAUCACUGAUAUUUAAAGCGUAAAAUCAACACUUUGAAUGGUAGAGCUCUUGUUAAUUAUGUACUGAAAUAUCAAACAAACAUGAAGCUCUUUCUGGAACAGGAGGACAUGUCAUGUUGAUUAGUUUGACCUUUAUAUUAGCUGCUUCCGUCUUUCUGACGACCAAAUCUGAAUGACCUUGAGGAAAAGUGUGAGCUGAGAGAAGCAUAUCUCUGUGCCCUAUCAAGGCUUUAUUCGGCGUGUGUUUCAAAAUGACAAGUCGCCUCUGGAGGUUAAUUCAAUUUAAUUUCUCAGAAAAGCUGAGAGAGACAUAUCUGUGAAUAUUAGACUUGAAAGCAUCUCUCAAAUUGACUGAAUCAAAAUGUAAAUGCCUCCAACCAGGCCAUUAAAACUUCUGGAAAGUUCCCAGACUUUAGGAGAUAAUCAUUAUAGAUUAUGAGAUUCAUUUUCCAUGGCCAGAGGACAAAGAAAAUUAAUGCAAAUGAUUUUUCUUUUUGGCCGAUUCGACUCCAAUUGCUGCUGUUUCACUACUUAGCAUUAGCAUUAGAUAUGGUCUUAAACCUCAUUAAAACACGAUUGUAGAUGGUUUGAAGUUUAAUACAUUUUGGGGAUGGCAAGUUGUUUUUCUUCAGUUAGGACGGGACACAUCAUACAAAGUGUGCAGUCAUGCUGAACAUACAAGCAGUUCUUACCAGCGUUGUUAUUAAUUACAACUAUUAUAAAACAUAUUGUUAUAAAGUGAAGCUGAAAUAAUAGAAAACAGAAAACUUUUACUAAAUGAAAAUGAGACAUGUUUGGAAUUAGU